AUGUAUCGGAACCGAUUGCCGACCCUCUUUGAGGUCUUGGCCCGCCGGACACAGCCUCCGGUCGAUCUGUUCUCCUUUUACAUUUACAUGAGAGAUCAGCAACGCUCGGUCGAUUACUUGGACUUCUGGCUCGAUGUCGCCCAGCACAUGUCACUAUGCCGCCACUAUGUUCGAGAGCUUAGGAGAUCGGUAUUGGUUGGCACGCCAGAUUUGGAGAAGGAUGACAAGUCGAAACGCUCUUCAAUGGCUCUGGAUGCAAUCGGCGAUAUAAGGGAUGCCCCCGCUGGCCCGUCACAUUACGGCUCCGAGAAGGAACGUGAACAAUACGCCCAGAUGUCAGCCUACUUGCGGGAGCAGCCCAUAACUCCCGGUGCACAUCAAGAUUCUCCUGCUAGCAGCCAGGAACGUCGUGCGCGCGCCAGCACAAAUCUUAGCAGCACCCCUCACCAAUUCACCGAAUCCAAUUCACCCUCACAUGCCGUCUCUAGGGAAGAUAUCCGGGCCAGCGCCGAGAGGAUCCUUUUCACCUUCCUGCUCCCCGGCGCAGAACGAGAGAUCACUUUGCCAGGUUCCAUCACACAGGACAUCACGACAGCCAUCGAACACGAAAGACGAGACGACCCAGAGGUGUUUGACGUUGCCAAGGACUACGUUUUCCAAGCUAUGGAGCGAGACGCCUUCCCAGGUUUCUUACGAGCCCGCGCCCUUGGCAAUCUGAUUCCACCCACAAUGGUUGCAAGGCUUAUCGUCGGCCUUAUUUCAAUCUUCGGUGGUUUCUGGACCGCAUUCAUUCUCAUUUUCCUUGACAAGUCGAGAGCCACUCGAUGCUGGGUGAUAUUGCCAUUUACCAUUGGCGUUUACCUUCUGGCCUCCUACCAGUACUCGCUAGAUCCGUUGAUGGCGAUCGCCGGCUUUUCUGAGUACACAGCCUUCAGUUACACCCGCAUCAGGGAACCAUUCGUUCGCAGGCUACUGAUCAAACGUGCACUCAUGGUCUUGGCUGUCACGGCACUUAUCGAUGCCGCACUCUGCGUGCUCUUCAUACUGGUUCCCGGAAAGCGACUUUGA